GGGACUCAACGUUGAAUUAAAUUUUUUACAAAAUGUCAGGACGCGGCAAAGGUGGAAAGGUUAAGGGAAAGUCCAAGACUCGCUCUACCAGGGCUGGCCUUCAGUUCCCAGUGGGUCGUAUUCAUCGCCUCCUGCGUAAAGGAAACUACGCAGAGCGUGUAGGUGCUGGAGCUCCAGUUUACUUGGCUGCAGUUAUGGAAUAUCUGGCCGCUGAGGUUCUCGAGUUGGCAGGCAAUGCUGCUCGUGACAACAAGAAGACUAGGAUCAUCCCUAGGCAUCUGCAAUUGGCCAUCCGUAACGAUGAAGAGUUGAACAAACUGUUGUCUGGAGUUACAAUUGCACAGGGUGGAGUACUCCCCAAUAUCCAGGCUGUUCUUCUCCCGAAGAAGACCGAGAAAAGCAGUUCCUAAAUUCAUUUCAUCAUCCAUUUACAACAAAAUCGGCCCUUU